CCCUAAGCUAAGAGUUUCGAAAAUGCAUUACUUGUGUGCCUUGGGGUUCCUGGUUUUCCUAGCCGUCCCUGGCUCGACCCUCGAGCAUGAGUUGUCCACCGAGCACCCCAACGGGGAUAAGCCCAGUAUCGGCACACUGGAGAUGCCAAGUCGCCCCGAAGCAGAGGACCCUGGGUUCGCAGACUGGGGUUCCCUCCACCCCUUAGGGAGACAUCCGCGAUCCGACGGACAAUCCUUCACCCCGUUCGAGAAGCGUGUAAUUCGGAUUCUGCGUAAGCACGGACUACUGAAAAGUGAGGCCGAAAAGGCUGUGGAAGAGCUGGAAAAGAAUAAGGACUUACUGAGGAAACUCAAAGAGUUACUCAACGAAGUCGACAAGGAGCACGAAACGGAUGAUUUCUAUGACGAUUUUUGGGGACUGAUAUUGUCGUAAAAUAAAAAAAACCUACACUUCAGGUAGAACCUUCCACACCUGAUAAAA